UUCGUUUAUUAAGAGGGAAAAAAAAUCAUUCAAAGCCUGCCUUAUCUUCUAUUCACCCAACGAUGGCAACUAUUACUACCAGCCUUAACAUCGCAACCCAACCAGCCGUCAUCACCAGCAAGAGCCAACCAGCUCGUCUCGCCUGUCCGGUCCGUUUGAACAAUCCGUGGAAUCUCGGUUCGAGAGCAACGAACCGCAUGGUGAACCUUAGGCCGGUUAAAGCAACACCAGAAGGAGUGAUAUCCGACAAAGUGGAGAAGAGCAUUAAAGACGCAGAGGAGACUUGUGCUGGCGACCCAGUGAGCGGAGAGUGUGUGGCCGCAUGGGACGAGGUUGAGGAGCUCAGCGCAGCAGCUAGCCACGCUAGAGACAAGAAGAAAGCUGAAGGCUCCGACCCUCUGGAGGAAUACUGCAAAGACAAUCCAGAGACUGACGAAUGUCGUACUUACGACAACUGAAACUUAUCGUUCAUGUUACAGGACUCCGUCCAUAAAUUGCAUACAAAUCUUUGUUUUGGUCAGUUUAGUAAUACGAUAUGAAGUGAAAGCUGUAUUUGAGA